UCUUACUUAUUGCUCUCUUUUCCCGUUGAUUUACUUUAAUUGCACGUUUAUCAUUAAUCGUAAUCUUCAAUAAUGAUCAUUCAACUGUUCGCUCAAUGUAUAUCAGUACUAAGAAUCUAGGGUUUUAUAUGCUUAUACGUAAUUUGUGGUUUUCGUUUCGAUCAGCUAUUAUAUGAUUGUUUUGAUUUGCUCGUAAGAGAGUUUGCUGUAACUUCAUAAUUGAUUGAUCCUAUCUUAUUCUGCGAAAUUGGGGUUUGGGUUUUGUAUACUCUAAUUUUCGCAACUUGUCCGCUCCUUUUCGUGGAGUAGUCAUAUUUGUCUUUAUUGCUGAAUUAUUUAUGAAUAUAUGUCAGGUAAUUGUUAAGCUUUAAUAAUUUAUGCGCUGAGUUUCGCUAACAGAAGGCAUUAAAUGAAAUUCUUUAAGAAAGAAAUGGUCGUUUGAGCAAUUAACUGUUAUCCCUUCUUGUUUGCUUUUUCCAAGACUGUUUUUUUUCCUUCCAUCAUUUGUUAUUCUGCUAGCAUAUAUUUUUCAUUUUAAGUCCUGAUUUAAAGAAAGGUUUACGGCUAUAAUCCUAUUAUACAUAGUUUUCUCCAUCUUUUAUUGUUAUCUUGGCUGAGUUGUUUGGAAUUGGUAGGAUUAAGAAUGUAUUCUACAACUUUGGUUUAGAAACCCAGCAGGAAGAGUUGGAGGCAUUGUGGUUAUCAUUAGUGAUAGGAGAUUGGGAAAAACUUAAAGAAGACUACUGUUGCAUUGUCCUGACCUUUCAGUGACUAAACUGUAAUUCCUGCUUUUUUAUGGAUGCUUCUUAUGACUUUGUGGUGAAAUUUGAUAAUUCUUAAGUAUUUUUGUCCCCCCUGUAAUACUGUGUAGGUUUUGUCUUGUACCCUUUGUUGUGUCAUGCUUAUAUGUCGUGGAAUGGUGUACUACUGACGAUUCAAAUGUUUCUAUCUUCUUCCAGAUCUAUUGGGAAUCAACAUCUUAUGUACUUUUAGAAGUCUAACUUUUACAGACGAAUUCUUACAGAAAAUUAGAUUCACUUCUCUGCUUUAUGUGAUUGAAAACGUAUGCUUCUAUGGUAUAAGUUUGUGCAUCUGAAUAGGAAACAAUUUUACUGCCUGAGAUAGGGUCUGUUCCAGUGGAGCGUGCAAUAAUGGAUCGUGGAAAAAGGCCAGGCCGGUCGCUUGCUGCACGGAAUAAUCAGAUUUAUAUGGAUCUUAAGGACAUCGUCAGGGAACAUGCCCUUCCCUUCCUGCCUGCCAAAUCACUUUUCAGAUUCACCACUGUUUGUAGGGACUGGAGACUCCAGAUUUCCUCUCCAUUUUUCGCCCACAAUCAGUCACUUUCCUGUCGCAGUACAUCAGGCCUCUUUCUCCAGACUCCUGGUGGUUCUCCUUCUCUCUUACCCAUCGGCGCAAACUUUUGUGGGGUUCCAGAUCCAUUCCUUAGGUUUUUGCCUGAGCCUGUCGACAUUAGGUCCUCCUCUAAUGGACUGCUUUGCUGCCAAGGUCAUGGAGCUGACAAGGCCUAUUACAUAUGUAAUCCCGUUACUCAGCAGUGGAAGAAACUUCCGAAAUCAAAUGCUAAUCAUGGAUCAGAUCCAGCAGUUGUGCUCUUAUUUGAUCCAUCGUUGCUCAACUUUGUCGUAGAGUACAAAAUUAUCUGUGCAUUUCCAUCCACAGAUUUUGAUGAGGCAACAGAGUUUGAGAUAUAUUCCUCCAAAGAGGGUUCCUGGGAAAUUGCCGGAGAGAUCUGUUUUGGAGCUAGGAGGGUUAUACCAAAAUCGGGGGUUCAUGUUAAUGGUGUUGUUUACUGGAUGACAACUGGUAGUAUUCUUGCUUUUGAUCUAACCAAAGAGAGGUCACAGCUCCUUCAAGACUAUGUCGCUCGUGGGAUUUUGGGGGCUUUUAGUGGAAAGCUCUGUAAGGCUAAUGUCUCUGGUAAUUCAAUCAUUCUAUACGUUUUGGCUAAUGCCCAUUCAAAUACGAUGCAAAUGGGAAGCAACACCAGAAUGUGGUCAGAGAAACAGCAGAUUGUUCUUGACAGUAAAAUUGUUGGGGAUGUAGCAAGGGACUACUCGGUCUUACAUGUUGAUGGUGAUAUAAUGGUGGUUCAUAGCAGGGAAAGAGUGUAUUCAUAUGACUUCAAAUCUCGUGCAACAAAAGCUAUGAGCAAUGUAUCCGACAUUUAUAAUAUGCGAUGCUUGCCCUAUGUGAACAACCUUGUCUCUCUCUAAUCUGCCUUGGCUGCUAUAGAAGGUUCUUUGUUCGGAGCUGCAACCAUCUUAUUGGGGAACACAAGCUGUGUUUUCAGAAGAAUGGUUGUCCCAAGGGAAUUAUAUUUUUGGUGGUGUUGCGGUCUCUUAUAUCCAGCAUUGCCCCUUCUCUAUUCAUUAGACUAGUUUUCUUAUUAGUAACUUACUAGAAUACCAGCUUGUGGUGGACUACUAUCUUAGUAGAAGAUCUUAUUCAAACUCAGUGACUACUACUUUCUUGUCUGUGCUAACUUUUAUGCUCUAACUCCCAAGUGUUUCUUCCCUUUUGUGCAGUUUAAACGUAUUCGUGUUGUA